AACUAAAGUGUAAAAGACUUGAAAAUGAGAUGAUGAGCGACAGAGAGUGUAGACCUUCUCUAAUGUGCAUCUUCUUCUAAGUUCUCAAUUAGAGGGGGAUUACCAAAAUUUUCACAAAUUCGAAACCAAAAAAAAUGGCGGCCACUGAUGAAGUCCGUCUUCUUUCUCUCAUCGAAUCCUCCCACGCCGGCGAUGUCUUCUCCUCCUUCUCCGAUUACCUUCGACCUUUCUCUGCUCUAUCAUCGACUUCCCGGAAACAAGACCGAACAGUUACGGUUCGAUCCCUCGGCAAGCAAUUCCUUCCUUUCCUCAACAAAUCGAUCUCGCUCUUCCCCAAACGGCUCUCCGUCGCCGCGAAUCCCGACAAGGAAGCUCGUGAAUCGGCCGGAGAUCUGUUCAGGGCGUACGAACUCUGCUUGGAUUGCCUUGAAUCGUUCUCCGCUCAGUUAGCCUGCAAGCCCCAUACAGUUCAGCUUCAGAGGCUGCGAAUGAUUUACUGUCUCGAUGCUUGGGGGUUUUAUGAGCGUGUUAGUGCCCAAGCGUUCAAGGUUCUGGAGAGGCUAAGAGGCUCCGGUAUUAGCUCCCGGAAGUGCCGGUUGUUGCCGGAGGUUCAGGACGGAGAGGCGGAGCUUGCGAUGGUUAUAGUAGAGGCUGUGGCGGCUGUCUUCAAGGCUAUUGGAAUGGCCCUUCAAACAGAUGAUAAGCCGUACAGAACAGCCCUUCUCUUGCUCGAGGAGGUCAGAGCUUGGUUCAGGGUCUUAGAUGCCAAGGCGUAUGAGAAAUUGCACAGAGUGCUCGUGACAAAUCUGGGUAAAUGUGCUCUUUCUCUGGUUAAAGAGGCUGAGCGUUUUGAUGGGGAUUUCGUGCGUUCUUUCUGUGAUUCAACUGUGAAGGAACACUAUAAAUUUGCAUUGUCAAAAGAUCGAAUUUAUAAGUUUGCUCGUGAGGUGCUUUCUGUUCUGUUCGGAUUGAAGGAUAGAAGAAUGUCAGUGACCAUUGACAUUUCAAUGUCUUUGUUGCGCAGCUUAACUUGCCAAUUCGUGGCUGAUACUAAUGAGGAUUUAAUGGAGUUUGUUGACCUAGUCUCUUAUUGCGCUCACAAAGUUCGAGCAGCCGGAGACAUGUACUGUGGAAAAGUUUCAAAAUAUUUAAAUGAGAUGGCAGCUAACUUCUCCGAGGCAAUACCACAACUUAAUCAGAUUCUUAGACUUUAUUCGUCCGGGCUGUCCAUCACGGUUUACGAUUCCACGUUUGGAGAAAGUAAGGUUAAAGAUGCAACAGAUGAUUGGAAGAUUCAAGCUUUGCUUGAUGAUGAGGCUAGGUGGCAAAGCUUAGUUUCUUUACUCGCCAUGGUUGAUAGUUACUCAGGUGCUGUACGCAAUCAGACUGAUGGAUCAUUGAUUGGUGGACAUAAGAACUACAACAAUAAAACGAAUGAUAGCUGUAAAAACAGAAACAAGAAGACUUGUUGGCCACAGUAUGUAGAUGCCUUGAGUUUCUUGUGCCAACCGCUUGCGGACUUGAUAAAUUCAGUGAAAAGAAAGAUUGUUUUGAAGUCAGAAAUGCCCUGCGCUUCGGCUCACCUGUCUACUAUUCAUGAUGUUUUUCUCCAAUAUUGUGAUGGUUGUCUCUUCCUUCAGAGAUGCCCGUCUGACACGGGAGGUAGAGCAACUUACAAUAACAAAGCUUUGUUAAACGUGGCUAUGGCUGCUUUCAUUAUCUCACUGAGAACCCAGCUUAAAUUGGAGAUCAGUGCACAUCUAGUUGAGGAUGUAAUUACCAGUCCAUGGAUCCGAUCUCAAGAACUCAAGUAUCUAUUAGCCUCGCUAUACAAUAUUGGUGUCGUUUUGUACAGAAAUAAGGAACUAGAAAAGGCUUGUGAGGCGCUCAGGCUUUGUUCCAAGGCAUCAUGGAGAUGUGUUGAACUACAUUGCCAGAUGUUUGAAAUCGUCAGGCCGAGCACAGAGAUCGUCUCGGAGAAACUGAAGAGGAAAAUCGCCAAGAGCAAUAAGAGAAGAAGAAGAAGAGGGAAAGAAGAUAAAAGAGGACUCUUUGUGUUUCCCCUUCAAUCUCUGGUCACAGGAGCUUCGUACUCUUACUCGUGGAUGAGUUUAGCCCAAGAAAACGAAUGGCACGUGUUGCUCGACACCUCUGCUUUAGGUUCCAAAGACAUGGAGACUUUAGGUCUCUCUCUGUUUCAGCCAGAUUUCCUCAUCUGUUCUUUUACAGAGGUUUUAGGAAAAGACGAUCCUUCCGGUUUCGGUUGCUUGUUCAUAAAGAAAUCUAGCUCUCAAGCUUUGUCAGAAGCACCUGAACACGUCACGAAUCCGGCGAAUCUCACGGCGUUAAAAGCCGAACCAGCUUGGAAAACUGAAAAUGACGAGAUUACCCUUGGAAAAGGUUACGAGGACCACAAGGCGUCUACUUCUGCCACUGAAAUCGAAGAAGAUGAUAGAGCAAUUAUUGAGUUUCGAGGUUUAGACCACGCAGAUUCUCUGGGGCUGAUACUGAUCAGUCGUAGGUUAAAGUCGUUGACUUUGUGGCUGGUUCGAGCCUUGAUGACUCUGAAACACCCUGGGUCUCAUGAAACAGAGAUGCCUCUGGUCAAAAUCUGCGGGCCCAAGACGAGAACGAAUCGAGGACCGUCGAUCUCGUUCAACAUUUUCGACUGGCAAGGAGAAAAGGUCGAUCCUUUAGUGGUGGAGAGGCUCGCGGAGAGGGAGAAGAUAAGCUUGCGAUGCGCGUAUUUGCAGAAAAUUAGGAUCGGGAAAAACAAGAGAAGAAGCGACGACGAGAAACAGAACCUGAUGAGUUUGAGAGUGUCAGUUGUGAGUGUUAGGUUAGGGUUUAUGACGAAUUUCGAUGAUGUUUUUAGGGUUUGGGGAUUUGUGUCGAGGUUCUUAGAUGCGGAUUUCGUGGAGAAAGAGAAGUGGAGAAAGAAAGCUCUUGAGCAAAUACAAAUUGCCAAUUAAACGAUUCUAAAUCCGUAUGGUUGAACAUUCAACAUUUCGGAUAUGGAUUCGGUUACCUUAAACCGUGGAUCGAUUAAGCAUUCUAUUUUCUUUCGGUUGGUUUAGUUUGGUUCAUUUUGGUUGAUACUUAGCUUGGUUUCGGUUUGGUUUGAGAAAACCCGAAAUCAGACGUAGUACAUUAUAUGUCUCAUUAAUAAAACAAUAAAUAAAUACAAAAAUGUGACCAGAUUAAAAAAAA